AUGUCUACUUCUCAAUACGUUCCGAUUAAACCAGCAACUCCAAUUGGCGCUCGCUCUUCUUCCACUGAAUCAGCUUCCUCUGACCUACCUCUCGCUUCCCUAGCUGAUAGUCCACUCUCGUCUUUUGAACGAAAUCUUAUUCGCACUCCGCCAUAUACUCUCACACUUUCACCAGAGUCCCUGCUCGAUCCAACAAAAAAAUGUCGUAAAAAUCGUGUUAGAAAAAGCACAACCCCACCUCGUCCUCAAAAUGCCUGGGUGAUCUUUCGCAAAAACUUUGAAGGCAGACUGCGUGCACAAGAUCGUAACAAGACUUAUACUAUUCAAGAAAUUUCUAAAAUGGCCGGAAAGGAUUGGAAGAAUCAGCCAAUGGAAGUCAAGCAGUAUUUUGACGCACUUUCCAAGUUGGCUCAGCAACGGCACAAAAUGACUUAUCCUGAUUACAGUUACAAGCCGAAAAGAAACAAGACGGAAAAGAAACAAGCGGGCUGGUCGUUUAAAGAAAUUAGCAAAGAAAAGCUUGCGGGACGUAGGCAGAACAAAGUCGCAAGUCCGGGUGAAGCGGAAGUGGGAGGGAACGAUGGCGAUGCACGUAUUAGCGUUUGUGACAACGUAAAUGAAUAUGACGAGUUAGCUGUUGAUCAUGUGAACAUCGGAGAGCCGUAUCUGGAUCUGCAUUGCGAAAACGAUAAAGGCGUUUGUAUAGAUAAUAAUAUUAAUGAAUACAAUUUGACAGACAACUCGUACAACAAAAUUACUCAAUUUGACGACAUUAAUAUUACUAAUACCUUUGAUCCUUUUGUGUCACCGCAACUGAACAUCCUUCACGGUAACUGGAACAACAGCGGCAACUAUGACACAUCAACAAUACAUAAUACCACUCUAUUUGCAAAUAUUACGAAUAUUACCAACAAUCUAUCACCAGAAAAUACAUACCAGACAGUUAGCGCGGGCGAUCACGACUUUUUAAAUAUUCCUAACAAUGGACCAUCAACCUGUUAUCCCGCCACUCAGAUGCUUAUUCAGCUACCUCCCUCUGCUAUCAUUUGUCACACUGCGGAUCAUGGAUACAUCGAAGCCCCCAGAUGGGCGGAUGGAAGCGGAAUGUAUGUCAACAACGGAUUUGAUGUUUACUUUGGACAAACUAGAUAG